AUGUUGUGCCUUGUAGUGCUUCCAUUACUUUGGCGCCUAGUCGAAGGUGCUAACAGUAACGUUACGCUCGCAAGCGACUGCUCUUGCGGCUUUCAGGACCCCACUACAAAGGAUCUGUUUACCGACUCCAUCAUACUUUAUUUCAAUGAGACCGGCGUCGACACGAAUGUCUUCGAGAUCCGAAACUAUCAGAACAAGAACCAAAAGGGAUGGAACACGGUCUUCAAGCAAGGAGCCCGGCCUUCGAAUGUGUGGAUCGGCAACAACGACAGCCUGCCAUGGCAAGAUGCCGUUGACGGAACGCAGCCGAGCUUGGAGAUGUAUCUCGAUGCCUUGGAUCAAUACCAGCACCGAUCCCAAGGAGCCGAGCUUCGUUCACUGCGACGCGACAUUCUGUACGGCACCUUUCGGGCUUCGAUGCGAUCCGCACAACCAUGGGUGGGAGGCAGCGCGAUGUCCAUGUACUUGCAAUACAACAGUACUCAGCAGCUGUACCUGGACCUCCUCAACAUGGACUCGGCCAAUGCAGCGCGGGUGAUGCAGACGAUCAACGGAGAGUGGCCUGACAAUGAGAUCGCCGUGAACUACACUCUCCUUCAGGAAGGCGACCCGCCCAAGAUCCCUCCGCUUCAGCCAUGGGACUUCCUGGAUACAAGAAUCGACUGGGGCAAUCGGACUGUCGAUUUUUGGAUUGGCCAGAACCGGACGCGACACGUGACUAAGGACGAUAGAACACUACCGACGACUCCAGAGUCACUCUAUCUGUCUCACUGGUCGACUGGAGAUGCGAACUACAUGCAAGGCCCGCCGCCCAACCGAACAGUGGCAAACGUGCGUUGGAUUCGCGCCUUCUUCAACAGCUCCACCAUGACUGCGGAUGACCACAAGAGGUGGGAUCAGAAGUGCAAUGCUGAAGAAGCAUGUUCGAUAGACGACGUGACAUUGCGGGGAUCUACAGCGUAUUCGCCCGCAUCUACAGUCCCCUGGGAGCUGCCAGUGCUGCAUUCGCACAUUCGUACUGCCGCCGGAUAUGUUGCCGCCGCAUUCAGCUGCUUCGGGAUUGCAGCAAUCUUGAACGCUCUCGUCCGCCGUGGCCCAUGGUACAGGCUGAAGAACAUCAGGCUUCCUGGGACCCAGAGGGAGUCUCUACAUGCGCUACGGCAGUCGCUGCGCCGGUCUAUGCCGCACCAUCACCACUCUUCGAGAGAUUAUCCGCUUCGUCCGCUUCGCUCGAUCUCGCAGACGGGCCUUGUGCAGGCAUCUGGGUCGGAGACCCCAGUCCCUGGCUACACCUUUGCACCAAAUGGUUAUACAUCAACUGGACAGAACUCUGGAACCAUGACUCCCCUCCCACCAUAUGAAGACAAGACGGGCUCUCCAUGGCAACCGUCAGCGGCCCACUCCCGCAAGUCUUCGUCGAUCAACCAGCCUCAGUCCAAACUCAGCCCCAGCUUGAUCACUCCGUCACCAGGACACUUACCCGCUAUCAGAGGAGCCCGGGCCUCAGCGUACGAACGCGAGACAGAUGUCAGCACCGAGCGCAACCGAGCGCUACUGGAGCUCGGGGGUACCAGCACUCCGAGUGACGAUGAGAUCAGACCAGCUGGUCCUUCCCUUGAUUCGAGGCGAUCGCACUCGUCAGCGGAGAGAAGAGAGAUGCGUCCUGUCGGCGAAGAAAAGCAAGGUAGUUUCAUGGACCUUGAAGACGGCAAGUUGGACGAGAAGGCGAACGACCGGUAUCGGGCCCAGCACGACGAAGGCAAGACAUCCUUCCAUGUUGCCCCGGCGCCCCAAGAUGAGUCUGUUGCGCGCGUUCUGAUGCAACCUGGACCUGUGCCCGAUGCUAUGAUUGGCGCAGCGAGUGCAGAGCCACGAACCGAGCAGCCUGCCAAGGCGCCCAAUCAACCGCAGCAGCGUAUUGACUAUCUCGCCGGGCUGGUCGCGAUAUGCUGUGUCAUGGUCACUGCCCGUCACUUCACGCUCACCUUCUGGCCAUAUAUACCCGAAGCUCAGGGGGAAGUGAAGCACUUUGCAGCAGAUGAGAUCCUGUCCCCUAUCUUCGGGCCGUUUAUACUCACGCCGCUGUGGAUCGGACCUUUCUUUGUUACAUCUUGUCGAUUCUUGGCCCAGCGGUAUCUCAGGACCGGAAAACUCAACGACGUCGCCAACAAGAUGCUUCUACGUGCGCCUCGCAUGCUGAUCCCUUGCUUCGUCUUUAUAACGCUGGAGUACUUUUUGAUCUCGCUGGGAUUGACUUCCCGGUUGCAAUGGCUCCCGAGCGUCUCCUACAGCACCUGGCCGUAUGUCGUACCGCAACCCAACUUUGGCGUCUUCCUCAACGAAGGGGUGGAAUUGGCGUACAUCACGCCGAACGCGGCGCCCGAGAUCAUCAACCAUUAUUGCGUCGGUGUGCUCUGGACGAUUCCAGUACAGCUCCAAUUCUCCUUCGUCACCCUUCUCGCGACCGUCUUGAUUCGGGACGUCAAGAAGCCCUGGAAGCGCAUGCUCUUCUACACGCUCACCAUCGUCCUCGGGUGGUACGCGAACAGCUGGUCGGCUUGUCACUGGCUCGGUCUCCUCCUGGCGGACGCCGACAUCACGUACAACUGGAUCAAAUGGACCCAGGCACGGUGGUGGCGGCUCUAUCCGGUUCUCUUCCUCGCCGCCGGGCUGGCUGCCACCACGCCGUUGAUCAAUCUCUUCAAUUCCGACAUUUACUACUUCUCCUUCUCUUCGUGGGAGAACGGCAUCCGACCCGAUCCCACGACCGGUCGGCCAAUCCUGGAGACGGUCCCGAGUAUCUACUAUGCCUACCCACCCUACUACACGCCUAGCUUGUCGGUCCUGACCUUCUCCGCGGGACUGCAGGUUUGCGUCGAGCUUUCCACCUGGGCGCAGAAAUUCUUGAGUAUGAAGGUCAUCACGUUCUUCCAUCCGCACAUCAUGACCAUUUACCGUAAGAGGCUUCCCCCUCCCCCUUUCAUAUUCUAUCACAACUCCUCGGGAUCUCACCUAGCUAACGUUUUCGUUCAAACAGUAAUCCACGGCUUCAUCUUCUGGUCGCUCGGGUCGUACACGGCCGUGGCGCUGAGCUCGACGGAUCUCCCGUACUGGGCGAUCCUGAUCAUCAUCGCGCUCGUCUGCUACACGGUCAUCUUCCUCGUGACGGUGCUCACCACGCCCAUGAUUGAAUUCGCGACCAAAGGGGCGACGAAGAACAUCUGGCGGUGGGCGACGGAGGCGCCCGUGCCGCAUCGCAAUACCACGGCUCCCUUCACCAAGGCGAUUGUGCUGGACCGUGAGGGGGAGGCGGAGACGGCGGAGGGGGAGACGACGGAGACGAAGAAGGGUUGGACGACGGCUUAG